AUGAUGAAACCGAAACUCAUCAUUCAGUUCACAACUGUCUUCUCGACAAUGAGAAGCUUUGUGUUCAUUGCCUGCGCCCUUUUGGGUGCGACGGCCUUGAGCAGCUACAAGUCCCAGCACACCUAUCGCUACCGAUUCGACACUCAAGUCGCUUCGUCAUUGCAAGGUGUUCAACAUCAGAACUCGGCUACACGCCUUCGCGCUGAAUUGUUGUCGGUUUUCACCUCGGACCGUCAUGUUCAAUGCCAAUUAGAGAACAUUAGAAUUGGUGAAAUGAAUGGUAAGGCUGAUUAAAUUUAAAAUUUUUGGCUGGAUAAGGUCAAGUAAAAUUUAAUUUUUUCAAAUUUUUUUUAAGUUUAAAAUAUUUUUUUAAUUUUGGAUUUUUUUUUAAAUUUCAAAAAAAUUUUUUAAUUUUUUCAAAUUUCGAAAAAUUUUUAAAAUUUCGAAAUUAAACUAAAAUUUUUUAAUUAGUUUAAACCUUUAAAACUUUCAGCCGAAACCCGCAUGGACCGUAUGUUACCCUUCGAGCUGUUCCAAAAGCAAAGAAUCCCAGAAGAAGUUCAACAAAAGCUUGACCUGCCCUUCGAGGUGGACUUUGUUGACGGCACUGUCGAACGCAUCGCCUUCCACGAACAAGACUCGGCCUGGUCCAAGAACAUCAAGCGUGCCGUGAUCAACAUGUUCCAAGCCAACCUGAAACGCUCCAACGUUCAGAACCUGAAGAUGGAGAAGGUUGAAGAACAAACCCAAUUCUUCACCAUCCCUGAGAUCACCGUUGACGGAGAAUGCGAAGUCAGCUACACGAUUCUGAAGCCAACCAACUGGGAAAAUGAUGGAGAACAAUAUGCUUUCAACGUGACCAAAUCCGUCAACUUUGACAGAUGCCAACGUAACGCUGACGUUCUCUACAACCACCGGCCUUCGACCUCUCAAGAACAGGAAUGCCAGGAUUGCAUCAGAAACUUGGAGCUAAACUCUUUGGACCGUAUCGAAGCCGCCAAGCACCAACAAUGCCAACCUGAGUGCCGUGGUGACCGUGCCGACCAAGAUAUUCACCGUUCUACCGUGCACCGUCUCGAACUGAACGGCCAACCCGAGAAACGCUACGCUGUUCGCCGUGCUCAGAUCAUCUCCCAAUACUUGGUUAGAGCCGUGAACCCAGCCGAAGAGAACACCGUCGCUCAAACCAUCGCCAUCUCGGAAGUCAGCUUCAUCAGCGAGACUAAGGAGACCCAAAAGCUGAAGAUCAAGUCAGCCCAGCAAGAGGAGACCCUUAUGUUCUCGGCCGAAUGGGAUCUUUUGGAGAAGCGCUUCUACAUGUACGGUGACGAAGAGUUCCCGGAAAAGAAGCAACAGCCUUUCGGCAAAGUCACCAUGAAGACUCAGACCGCCAUCAACGCCUUGAAACACUUGAAGAACCAAUGGGAAGACAGGAAGUUGGGCUACGAACUCGACUCCACUCAACACUUUAACGAACUCGUCCAAGUCAUCCGCCAAUCCUCGAUGGAAGACCUGAAGAAGAUGGAGGAGAAGAUCGAGCAGAUCAACGAAAAGGACGAUCAAGUCCGCUCCUUCUUCCACGAUGCCUUGGCCGUCGCCGCCACUCGCAACACUUUGAGAUUCUUGAUUGAGAAGAUCGAGAGAAACGAGAUCUCUGACAUCCGUGCCAUGCACAUGCUCAAGACCUUCGGCCGCAACCAACACAGCCCAUCUGACCGUCAAACCGAAUUGUUUGAACGUUUGGCCAAGAAGUUGAGCCAAGAGAACCGCUCCAGCGGCCUUAAACAAACCGCCUGGCUUCAAUUCUCGGCCUCGGUCGCUCGCAUCUGCCAACAACGCCCAAGCCAGACAAGCCGCUCGUUGUUCCGUCAACAAGAGUUGUGCUCCCAAGGGAAGAGAGAACAAUACCAACAGACUCUGUACCAACUCUUGGACAACGCCGAGACUAUGUACCAAAAGACCCUGGCUUUGAAGUGCAUUGGCAACGCUGCUUUGGAAAUCACCAUCCCCCGUUUGGCUAAGAUCCUGAACGACAAAAGACAGCCAACUUUACUCCGUAUUGAAGCCAUCGACGCUCUCCGCCGUAUGCGCUCCACCAUGAGCCAAAAUAUUCAAACCCUUUUGAUGCCAAUCUUCUUGAACCAACGUGAACAACCUGAAGUCCGCAUGAGCGCCUUCUCCAUGUUGAUGCACACCCGCCCACAGAAAGCCAUCCUCGACCAGUUGACCAUGCCCAUGAUCAUGGAACGCUCUCAACAAGUCAAAUCUUUCGUUGUUUCGAUCGUUGAAGCCUUGACCAGCUCUCCAUUGGCUUCGGAACGCCGUUUGGCUAGCCAAAUUCAAGGUUCACUGAAGAUGAUCAAGGCCGACAGUCAAUACUGGACUCGUCGUGCUUCGGCCGCCCUCAGAAUCCCAGUCUACGUCGCUCAACAAGAGGAAGCCGAAGAGAGAGACUUGAUCUUCCGUGUAGCUUCGAUUGUAGCCCCAACCAACGUUCUACCAAUCCAUUUGUGCGCUUCCUUGAGAGCCGCCUUGAACGGUCACGCUUUGGAUGAAACCCUGAGCCUUCAAUUCAACCAAAAGAACUUGGAACAGUGGUACGAGCGUGCUUUGGCCAUGAUCGACGAUUCCGAAUCCCAAGAACGUUACGGUCAAAAACUGAGCGCCAACCUUUACAAGGGUCUUGGCAUCAAGAACCGCCGUCACGGUGUCUACUGGAUGUCCGACGAUGAGGAAACCACCACCGAACAACGCAACCAACCCUACGGAAUGAUGGUCCUCCGUGUCAACGAGAUCGACCAAUGGAUUCUGCCAAUCGAAGAGACCUCUUUGCCCGGAAUCAUCCGCAAAUUGUUAAACGGUGAGAAGCCAAACAUCAAGGAGCUUUUGCAAAUCCUCCGCGAACUCCAAUCCGACCGCCACUACAACGCCCACACCGCCACCAACUUGUACGAGAAGAAGACCAAGAUCGCCACCACUUCUGGUCUGCCAUUGGCCGUAAUCUUCGAAAAGACUUUGGUCGCUUCAACUUCUGGUCAAUUGAACAUGAAACCCGAAGCCAGAAGUCUCAGAAUCCGCGCUCACUCCUCUGCCAUUGCUACUCACUCAAUGAGAACCGAGGUCUGGUCCCCAGUCACCGUGUCUGGAGUCGAAUCCCACCGGACUUUCGAACUUUCGGCCCCAGUCGACUUUGAGCUGAAGCAGGAGAAGAACGCUCUUGCCUUGACCAUCCGCAUGCCAGAGAAGAGCGAAAGCCGUGUCAUGGGAAUCCACGUUUUGCCCGUCACCUACACCCGUUUGUUCAGCUGGACUGACAAGACCUACAAGCCAAUGCGUUUGCAAGCCGUCCACAACUACGAGCUGGCCCCAAUGCAACGCGUCUACGAACACGAAGCCGGUAGCUUCCGUACCGAAGGCCAUGUACACAUCAUCAAGGACUCGAGACUGUUGGUGAAGGCUUUGUACACCACCGAAAACAACGUCCACGUCUACUACAAACCUCAAGCCACCUCCGUGCAGAAGAUCGUCCUCCGUGUCGAAGGAAAAAGCUUCGAACGUGUUGACAAGAUGGCUGCCGCUGAAGAGAUCAACAACUUCUACUCUCAAUCCAAGUUUGACGAGUACGAGACCGAAGAGAACCAACAGUACUACCAACAAAUGGGCUUGGAAUCUGAUGAGAAGAGAGAGAAGAACUUGAAGAACUACCUCAAGAAAUACACUCCACGUGACGCCUACAGACACGAACUCAGACUUAUUGCUCAAAUCUAUGCCGCCGAAGAGACUCGUGAGUACACCAGCCAAAUCGGAGGUCAAUGUGAUGCCCGUCUUCGCCACUGCAACGUCGAAAUGACCGCUGACAACUCGUUGAACGAGAAGACUCAAUGGUCAGUCCGCUCCAAGGCCCAACUGGUCUUGCCCGAGAUCCUCCGUGCCGAUGAAUCCAGCGAUGAGAAACAGACUCGUAUGUUGAUCAGCUGGAACACCGAAUGGAACACUCAAUCCCAAGAUGAACAGAACAUCAACGUCCGUAUUCAAGCCGAGCCAACCCGCGUCUUCAGAUGGAUCAAAGAUGAAGAAUAUGGCAUGAAGAAGACCUCUGACAGCCGCUCUAGAUUCUUGAACAAGAUCGACAUGCUCUGCAAGUACAACUUGAACAAACAGAACCAACACGCUCUCCGCAGCGUCUACGAACUGUUGAAGGCUCGCUUCUUCUGGACCUUGUCUUUGCAAUCCACUGAACACAAACCCCAACAAGUUCGUGCCACUUUGAUUGUUGACCCAGUCAGCCGUCAGGUCGCCAACCUCACCAUCCGCACCCCAACUGAAGUCGCACGCGCCGACAGCAUGGUCUUGCCAUUCAAGUUCUCUGGAUUCCAAUUGGAACGCCGCCCAAUGAACAUCAAGUCCGCUCACCACAUCGUCCGCGCCCUGUCUUCAGCCGCUUCCAUGGCUGAAUGCCGUGCCGAUUCUCGCCGUAUCCGCACCUUCGAUGGUGUUGACUACAAGGCUCCAUUCACCUCAUGCUGGUCGGUUUUGGCCAAGGACUGUUCUCGUGACGAGCCCCGCUUCUCCGUUAUGAUGAAGAACGGCGAGGAAGAGUACAAGACCGUCAAGAUCGUGACCCUCGACCACGUUAUCGAACUGAUCGGACAAGAAUCCCGCACCUUGAUCAAGGUCAACGACAAGACCGUUGAUGAUGAAGAACAGCUGUACAACUACGGAAUCGAAAAGACCUCGGAGAAGAAGUUUAUCGUUUCAGUUCGUGGAAUCACUGUUCAGUUCGACGGCCGUCACGCCAAGGUUCAGAUCAGUGGAAUGUACAAGAACUUGCAAUGCGGUCUCUGCGGCCACUACGACAACGAAGAGGACUCGGAAUUCAGAAUGAGCGACAACAGAGUUGCUGACAACUUGAAGGAGUUCCAUCAGUCAUACACUCUGAAGAACAAGGAAUGCCAAGAUUCUUUCGACAAAUCUUACAAAAACGACGAUGAAUUCCGUACCUACAGACAACAAAGACGAGGUGACUACUCUUCGGAAGACAGCUAUGAGUACGACAACAGUGACUAUGACAGAAGAGGUAGGUUUGGAGGGUUUUGGAGGAGGAUAAAGCAAGACAAUCUCACAUUUUCUAACUAGAACCUCAAGUAAACCAUACUUUUUCAAAUUCCCUGACUUAAACCUAAACCCUAAAACUCUAAAAUCAAUACCUAAACCUACUAACCUUCCCAUCUUCAGACAACACCUUGGUCAAGCGCACCGUAGUCCAAGAGAUGAAGCACAAGCUUUGCUUCUCCCUCUCACCCGUCUCCCAAUGCCCACGAUCCCAGUACGCCGACGAUGACGCGGCCAAGAAGACCGAAUCUGUCGACUUUGCUUGUAUCGACCGGUCCGAACCAGAAGCCCGCCGCUACAUGAACUUGUUGAAGCGCAACAACGUUCUGUCUCAAGCCAAGGACAUGAAGAAGACCAUGAGCAUGGAGAUGGAGCUCCCAACCCGUUGUAUCACGGCGUACUGA